AUGCAACGAUUGCGCACGACUUUCACGCGUUCGCGCACACCCACCGGCGCUGAGAUGAAAACCCAAAAUAGUCUCGAGGUGCCGAAACAGCAGGUGCGUUCCGCUUCGUUUGAUGAAAUGCAAUUAGAGUCGCAACGUGUCUCGUCCCAACUCCUCAAGCAGCAAUCAUCGUCAUCGACAGAUGAACGUUCACUGGACACGGGUCUGUUGCAGGUGCCGCAGGCCACACACACGCAACGUUCGCAUUCCUUUGACUCGGCGGCGGCUUCCGCGGGCAGUGAUGAUUCGGGUACAUUCUUGGAAGUGCCGCGCCGUGGCAAGGCGCGUCGUAGCUCGUCAACAAAAACGCCACCACCCUGCAUACACUGCUUGUAUUUGGAGGAAUACUUGAAGCAGCAGAAAGCGGAGCAAAUCUACAUUGCUGCCGAUCGAUGUGAAUCGAGUUCAUUCACCUACGGCUACAGCAGUUCCGAUGAUGAUACUGACAACGAUGGCGCCAGUGUUGCCGCCGACGACGACGUUGUGGAGGAAGACGAAGAGGAUGAGGAGGAUGCGGCCACUGGCGAUGGCACUGAAACAGGCGGCGGCUCGUAUGAGUACGAUGAUGCGGCUUUGGAAAUGGACAUCAGACUGGGUGGGCUUAGCACUGGCAGCAGCAUUGAGGAGUCACGUGCGCGUCUGCCACGUCAAAUGCGUCGCCACACUAUAGGCAGCUCUGUGACCACCUCCGAGGAUGAGGGACUCGACGAAUCCGAACAUGAUUCCCCACAUUUCGGUAAUACGCUGCUGCCACCUUUGCCGACAACGCCAUGUGGCAUCACAUUCACGCUCUCGCCCACGAACGGCGAUUGCCCACCCUUUCCGUAUGCCUUCCCCAUCGACCCUGGCUCACCACCACCCUCACCAUCUAUUUCGUUCUCGGUUUGCGAUAGCCCAAUGUUGGAAUUGCCACCACCACCGCCUAUAUCGCCACUUGAAUUGCUGCCCCAUUCGCCCAUUUUCGAUUUGCCGCUGCCACCACCACCUGGAUUUAGCGGUGGUUUGAGUGCAGCUGGUGGAGAUGAUACGGCUGAGGUGCCGCCUUCGCCUACCGCCAUGCGUCCUCGACGUCGCUCUAUUUCUCGGCAGGAGGCUAUUUUUGUGGAGCCAACAGGCAAUUCGCUGGAGAAUGUGUCACAGGGAGAAGAUUUGAAAUCAUCGGUUGAGGCGGUGGAUUCAGUGGAUGAGGCAUCCACAAUAGCUACUUGCGGCUCGCCGACAGCAGCCAAACAUGCGCUGGUUGUACGUGAUAUUUACCUAACUGUACCUGAUUUGAAGCGCGACCGUGCAGCCUCCGUCGAUUCGUGCUUUUCGAAAAUGUCGUCGGCCGGCAAGACAGAAGAGCUCCAGCCAAGCGAGGAUGGUUGCUUUCUCACCGUACCGAAUAUAAAUGCCACGCGUUCGCGUUCCGUAGACAUUGUGCUGCCGACGGAUGAGCAGGCACGCUACAAAGCGCUCGCCAUGACAGGCGUUUGCAGAGAUGGGUUUAACCACGAAAACAAUCCUUAUUGCGACUACUGCGAUGGAAACAUUUUAGAGGACGUUCACCACAUAUUCUUCACAUGCUCGCGCUUCCGUUCUGCAAAAGAAAGACUCUAUAGAACCUUUGGAGAACCUCCUUCGCCGGAAACAUUCGUACAUCACAUGCUGCGCUCGAAGGAACAGUGGAAUGCGGCAAGUGACUUAGUGGCCAAGAUUAUGAAAGAGAUGAAGCGUCUAGAAAGACUGCGACACAGCAACGGCGACUAA